UGAGAUCAGAGUUGGCCGUUCAACAACAGGGCCACCCAAGUGCCCCCACAAUUUCAGUUUUAAGAUUUAGAUGGUAGAAAUUUCUAACUUACUCAGUUUUUUAAGGAUUUUAUAAAGGAGGGGCAGAAGAGUGGACGAAGCAAGUGAGAAAACAGUGAGAGGCUGAGAACCGUUCUUGGACCCUUGGUGUUCUAGGGAAGGAGGCUUUUCUAGGUUGUCAGGUUGCCAUGGCAUCUGGACUCCAUAUGACGGCUCCCAUCUGUCUGGUGGAAAACAACAAUAUGCAGCUGUCAGUGAACCAGACAGCUGUACAGAUUCUUGAAGGUAUUUCUCAACCAGUAGUGGUUGUAGCCAUUGUAGGACUGUAUCGUACCGGCAAAUCCUACUUGAUGAACCGUCUUGCGGGACAGAACCGAGGCUUCCCUCUGGGCUCUACAGUGCAGUCUAAAACCAAGGGCAUCUGGAUGUGGUGUGUGCCUCACCCCUGCAAGCCAAACCACACUCUGGUCCUUCUGGAUACUGAAGGCCUGGGUGAUGUGGAAAAGGGUGACCCUAAGAAUGACUCAUGGAUCUUUGCACUGGCUGUGCUUCUGUGCAGCACCUUUGUCUACAACAGCAUGGGCACCAUCAACCACCAGGCCCUGGAGCAGUUGCAUUAUGUGACAGAGCUCACAAAACUAAUCAGGGCACAGUCCUUCCCAGAAAAGGAUGGAGCAGAAGAUUCAACUGAGUUUGUGAGUUUUUUUCCACACUUUAUCUGGGCUGUAUGGGAUUUUACCCUGGAGCUGAAGUUAAAUGAUCAUCCUAUCACAGAAGAUGAGUACCUGGAGAAUGCCUUGAAGCUGAUGGGAGGCAACAACUCUAGAAUCCAAGCAUCCAAUCUACUCAGAGAGUGCAUCAGGCAUUUCUUUCCAAAACGGAAGUGUAAGUGUUUUGUCUUUGAUCGGCCAGUAAAUGACACAAAACUCCUAGCUGAUAUUGAGAAUAUACCUGAACAUCAACUGGGUCCUAAAUUCCUGACACAAGCAAAAAAUUUUUGUUCUUACAUCCUCACCCAGGCAAGGACCAAGACUCUCAGAGAAGGAGUCACAGUCACUGGAAAUCGGCUGAAGACUCUGGUGGUGACCUAUGUGGAUGCCAUCAAUACUGGAGCAGUGCCUUGUUUGGAGAAUGCAAUGAAAACACUAGCCCAGUUUGAGAACUCUUAGGCCGUGCAGAAGGCAGCCAACCACUACAGUGAGCAGAUGUCCCAGCGACUGGCACUCCCCACAGACACGCUCCAGGAGCUGCUGGAUGUGCAUGCAGACUGUGAGAAGGAAGCCAUUGAAGUGUUCAUGAAUCAUUCCUUCAAGGAUGACAAACAGGAGUUCCAGAAGUCUCUUGUGGAACUCAUAAAGGAUAAGAAAGAGCAUUUCUUGCAGCAGAAUGAAGAGGCAUCCCUUAAAUACUGCCAGUCCAGGCUUGAUGAGAUGUCACAGGUCCUAAGGGAAAGUAUUUCAGCAGGAACUUUCUCUGUUCCUGGGGGAUACAAGCUCUACAGGGAAGCAAAAGAAAGUAUUGAAUGGAAAUAUUCACAAGUACCCAGGAAAGGAGUGAAGGCGAAUGAGGUCCUCCAGAGCUUUCUGCAGUCACAGGCUUCAAUAGAGGAAUCCAUCUGGCAGGCAGAUAAAGCCCUCACUGAUGGGGAGAAGGCCAUAGCAGAGGAGUGGGUCAGCAAGGAGGCAGCUGAGAGGGAACAGGAGAUGCUAAAACAGAAACUACUGGAGCAGCAACAGCAUAUGGAGGCUCAAGAAAAGACUCUCCAGGAAAACAUAGACCAACUGAAAGAGAAACUGGAGAAUGAGAGAGAAAACCUAAUAAAAGAACAGAACAUGAUAUUGGAGCAUAAAUUGAAGGUCCAAAAAGAUCUAUUAAAUGAAGGAUUUAGAGAGAAAUCUGAGAGCAUGGAUGCAGAGAUAAAGAAGUUGAAAUCUAGGCUUGCUGCUACUGAAAAAAACACUACUUCCUGGUUCACACAAGCUGUGGAGGGAUUCGGCCGUGAUGUUCUUAAAAUAGUUACUGCCCCUAUUAGAUUUGUUGAUCGCAUAGUGACAGGUAUGGUCUCACUAUUUAAAGGGAAUUAGCACUCCUUUUAAAGGACAGCUAUAUACUCCUGUGGCUAUAUCCUCUGGCCUAUUUUUGGUGCUCAUGGUUUUCACUUUUAUUCAGCAAAGUUUUAAAUAUAAAAAUCGCCUAUAAGAAAAUGUCAGUGCCUGACUCACAUCAGAUAGAAUAAGUGCAUGUAUACUUCGAUAUUCCGUGUUAACUUUUAGGAAGAAUACAUGUGCAAAAUUGUAAAUAUAUAUAAAAU